AUGUCUAACACAGUACCGCGCUACUUUAACCGUUUAACAGCGUUUGUGGUGAACACGUCGAGCAGCUAUUCCGCCAUCGCCAUGACCCGCGCCGUCUCCGUCUUCUUCGGCUCGCAGACCGGCUGCGCCGAGUCCAUCGCCCAGCGCAUCUACGACGAGGCCCUGGAGCGACAACUGGACGCGGAGCUGCACCCGCUCAACGAGUUCCAGAAAAGCAAAGUGGAGACCUGCGACGGCCACUUCGUGGUGAUCGUGUGCUCGACGACGGGCAACGGCGACCCGCCCGACAACUGCGGCAAGUUCUGGCGCUAUGUGAAGCGCCGCACGCAGCCGGACGACAUGCUCGCCAAGCUCAAGUACACGGUGCUGGGGCUGGGAGACACCAACUACGACAAGUUCUGUUUCAUGGGCAAGAGCAUCGAGAAGCGCAUGCGGGAGCUCGGUGCUCAGAGCUUCUACGAAUUUGCUCCAUCAGCUGCGGAGACCGCUGUCGACACGUCGUACCUUUUAGAGAACCUCAUCUCGUAUGAGAAGAUGUUCGGUCUACUGGAAACGCCGACUGAGGUUCCUGAAGACCUCCCGCGUCUGCAGUCCUCGCUUCUUAGCGUGCGCUUCUUGACUGAUGAAGAGCGUCAGGUAGAAGUUGCCUCGCCAAAGGCAGUCGAGGACUCAGAAAUUAGCUCGACGAACCCGUUCAUGGCUUCGGUUGUUGGUGCUGAGUACCUUACAGCCCAGCACGCGGAGCGGAAGGUUCUUCGCUUGGACAUCGACAUCAACGGCUCUGGAAUCAACUACGUUCCUGGCGACUCGAUCGGUGUCAAGUGCCCGAACCGAACGAAAGACGUGGACGCGCUGCUCGCGCGCCUCGGGAUCAGUGGAGACGAAGUUAUCGCAGCGGAGCCGGUUGCCGCGACCAACGGGCGCGUGGCGAAGAAGAAAAACACCUCGAAUCACUUUCCUUCGCCGUGCAGUGUCCGUGACAUUUUCUUGCACCACGUGGACAUCCUGAGUUCGCCAAAGAAGGCUGCGGUGCGCGCUCUCGCAACGUACUGUUCUGACGAGGAACAACGAGCCCGUAUGCUUCUUCUAAGCAGCAAGACUGGAGCGGACAAGUACAAGGCUUUCAUCACGGAGCAGCACCUCAACGUCGUCGAACUUCUUCACUUGUUCCCGUCCUGCAAGCCGCCUCUCGACCACUUGCUGACGCUCCUACCGCAGCAGAUGCCUCGCUAUUACUCAAUCGCGACGUCGCCGUUGGUCGACGCUACUAAGUUGUCUGUUGCGUUCACCGUCGUUGACCACGCCAUUGGUGAGCACGGACUCCGACGACGUGGACUCUGCACGAACUGGUUGGCCGAAAUCUGCCAGCCGCUCAUUAGCGCGGGUGCGACUGCCGCUGUCGACGUGAAGAUUCCUAUCUUCCUGCGUGGCACGCAGGACUUCCAUCUUCCUGAGAGCUCUCAGUCGCCUAUGCUUCUCAUCGGGCCGGGUACCGGUGUUGCUCCGUUCAUGGGAUUCCUGCAGCACCGCCACUACGAGGCUAAGGCUGCCGACUUCACGCGUGGAGACUCGUAUCUCUUCUUCGGCUGCCGUCGUCAGAGCGAUGACUGGCUGUUCCGGGAGCAAAUGCAGGAGUACGUCGCGAAUGGCACACUCACGCAGCUGUUCACUGCGUUCUCGCGCGAUCAAGAAGAGAAGCACUACGUCCAGCACGACCUCCGCGACAAUGGGACGCUCGUGUGCGACCUCUUGUUGGGCUCGGACGGCUACGUCUUUGUCUGCGGUGAUGGCAUGGCAAUGGCUAAAGACGUUCACGCCGCUCUCGUGGGAAUUCUUGUGGAGAGCGCUGGAUUGUCCCAAGAGGACGCCGAGCAGAAGCUACGCGAGCUGGGAACGCAGCACCGCUACGUCCGUGAUAUCUGGUGA